UGAUGAAAGGCUAAAAGUUAAAUGUAUUAAUUAUCUAUUACCAUAUAAGCUUAAAGGAUAGCCGAUUUAAGAAAUUUCAAUAUUUUUUGAAAAGCCUAUUUAAAUAUCACCACCUUCUACUCCAGAAGAAAUAUACACAAUUCAACCUAAGUCUAGUCGCAGCACUCUCAACAACAAGAAUACUAAUGUGUUAUCAAGUAGCUCAAAUUCAUAAAGGAUUCUUCAAUAAAAUAACAGUCUCCAUUUGCCUAAUUUUCCAAAGAGCAUUUCUCCAAAAAAGUUAUGCGAUCAAUAUAUAUCUCCUUUGAGAUUAAAGGGAUAUACUUACAAUGAUAUAGAAAGUCCUAUUUAAUUACGUUUACCAAAUAGAAGAGCAACUAAAUUAUGUUCUAAGGUUUUGUAAAAGUAUAAAAAAAAGUAUUAUAUGUGA